UCCACAUGCCAACCAGAAAAAUGCAGCAUAAACGUACAACGCUGUGGUGAGCUCAGAGCGUCAGACACAAACACUAUCUUCAAUAGGCCAUAGCACGAAGACCAUGAAGGCCAUCCUCCUCCUCGUUUUCGCAUUUCCUUUCUUGGGCGCCGCCGGCGAGCGCUGCCCCGGCGUCCCGUCACUGCCAGUGGAGGCGGCCUGCCGAAAGGCGUGCGGCACGAAACUCAUGCACGACAUGUGCAUGGACACGCUGCGCGGGGGAUUCCACCCAAGCCCGUCCAUCCACAUCGAGGUCACCGAGUAUGCGCUCCUCGCCGCGCACCACGCCCUCGAGUCCUACGGCGCCACAGCGGCCGCCGCGUCCGAGCUGCUCCGCAACCGGUCGCUCGCUGGUGACGAGAGGGCGGCCUACAACACAUGCUUGACGGAGUACUCCUACGCUGUGCAGUGCAUGGACCACGUCGCCGGCGACAUGCUACCGCGUUGCCGGUUCGCGGGGCUCGGGGAGCAGUACGUGCACUGCGUGGCGUACGUGGAGGGCUGUAGGGAUCGUUUGGUGUGGCUCAAGUCAUCGCCGCUCUACACCAUGAAUCUUGUCGACCGGAACAAGGCCCUUCUGGCUUACUCCAUCGCUCAAUUGCUCGGUAGCAUAUGAGCAUUCCAGUUAGGUGGCAGUUCCGCUGCUAGUGUUUGCUUUUGUCUUAAUAUGCUGUCAAAUUUAAUCAAAACCAAUAAUUACUUGUUUGGACAUCCUUAACACGGGCUCUCGAGACACCCCUAACCAUGUAGACUAGUCAGGAUAUAUUUUUAUAUCCAACACGGUCCACGAACCAGUCCAGAUAUCCACAAAACUCCAACACCCUCCGCCCACUCAAAUAUCCCACCCGGUCGACUUUUCUUUCACUACCCUUUCCAUUUGUUUUGCAUCCACCCUUCUCAUCUGAAGCCAUCGAUGUACCACUUUGGACGCCUCCCAAACAUCC